CCGCUCUCCGCUCCCUCCGCCCUCCCAGGGCUCUGGCCGCCGCGGAGUGAACGGGACGGGCCCGGCCGCAGAGCGCGGGGUGGCGGGUGGGACGCGGACGCCUAGCAGAGUUGUUCCGGCCCUGCCCACGGAGACGUGAGGAGGUGGAUAUAGGAGAAGAAGUUUGCAGAACUGAAAUGGAGGUCAGAGCUUCAUUACAGAAGGUUAGUGGGUCAUCAGAUUCUGUGGCUACACGAAACAAUGAAGAAUUUGUUUUGGUUCCUCAGCAUGCAGAUGAUACUGCUACAAAACAUGACGACAAACCUGAACUGAAGAUAGUUUCUAAUGGUGAUGAACAAUUGGAAAAAGCCAUGGAAGAGAUUUUGAGAGAUUCUGAGAAAGAGCAAAGCAGUCUUCUUGUUGAUCGCCAAAGUUCCAGUGAGAUUUCAGAUCAUUCAUUUGAGGAUGUUUCAGCCAGCCAAACAAAUCGUCCAUCUCUUCAGUUAAUUUUGGAUCCAUCAAAUACAGAAAUUUCUACACCCAGACCAUCUUCUCCAAGUGGAUUACCUGAAGAAGAUAGUGUUUUAUUUAACAAACUGACCUACUUAGGAUGUAUGAAAGUUUCUUCCCCACGUAACGAGGUGGAGGCUUUACGGGCAAUGGCAACUAUGAAAUCUUCCAGUCAGUACCCCUUUCCUGUUACUCUAUAUGUGCCAAAUGUUCCAGAAGGUUCUGUGAGAAUCAUAGACCAGUCUAGCAAUGUAGAGAUAGCAUCUUUUCCAAUCUAUAAGGUGUUAUUCUGUGCACGUGGACACGAUGGGACAACAGAGAGCAAUUGCUUUGCGUUUACAGAGAGUUCCCAUGGUUCAGAAGAGUUUCAGAUACAUGUUUUCUCCUGUGAAAUUAAAGAGGCAGUAAGCAGAAUUUUAUAUAGUUUCUGUACAGCAUUCAAACGUUCUUCCAGACAAGUGUCGGAUGUUAAAGACUCAGUUAUUCCUACCCCUGACAGUGAUGUGUUUACCUUCAGUGUCUCCUUGGAGGUAAAAGAAGAUGAUGGAAAAGGAAACUUUAGUCCUGUGCCUAAGGAUAGAGAUAAAUUUUAUUUCAAGUUAAAGCAAGGAAUAGAGAAGAAGGUUGUGAUUACAGUGCAGCAACUUUCUAACAAAGAAUUAGCUAUUGAAAGAUGUUUUGGAAUGUUAUUAAGCCCAGGUCGAAACGUGAAGAACAGUGACAUGCAUUUACUGGAUAUGGAAUCCAUGGGAAAGAGCUAUGAUGGGAGAGCUUAUGUUAUCACUGGCUUGUGGAACCCCAAUGCACCAAUCUUUCUGGCACUUAAUGAAGAAACCCCAAAAGAUAAACGAGUGUACAUGACGGUGGCAGUGGAUAUGGUAGUCACGGAGGUGGUGGAGCCUGUCCGCUUUCUCCUGGAGACAGUAGUACGUGUGUACCCUGCAAAUGAGCGGUUUUGGUAUUUCAGCAGAAAGACUUUCACGGAGACUUUCUUUAUGAAGUUGAAACAGUCUGAGGGAAAAGGCCAUACCAAUGCUGGAGAUGCAAUAUAUGAGGUGGUGAGUCUACAGCGAGAGUCUGAGAAGGAAGAACCAGUCACUCCUACCAGUGGAGGGGGUCCUAUGUCACCCCAGGAGGAUGAUGCAGAAGAGGAGAGUGAUAAUGAACUCUCAAGUGGAACAGGUGAUGUGUCUAAGGAUUGUCCUGAGAAGAUCCUAUAUUCUUGGGGAGAAUUGCUAGGAAGAUGGCACAGCAACCUUGGUGCACGACCAAAAGGGCUCUCCACUCUGGUGAAGAGUGGUGUUCCUGAAGCGUUGAGGGCAGAGGUGUGGCAGUUAUUAGCAGGCUGCCAUGACAACCAGGCAAUGCUGGAUAGAUACCGACUUCUCAUCACAAAGGACUCAGCCCAGGAGAGUGUUAUUACUCGAGAUAUUCAUCGUACAUUUCCUGCACAUGAUUACUUUAAAGAUACUGGAGGAGAUGGCCAGGAAUCACUCUACAAGAUCUGCAAGGCCUACUCUGUCUAUGAUGAAGACAUUGGGUACUGUCAAGGACAGUCUUUUCUUGCUGCUGUAUUGCUGCUGCACAUGCCAGAGGAACAAGCUUUCUGUGUUUUGGUGAAAAUCAUGUAUGACUACGGUUUACGAGAUCUCUACAAAAACAACUUUGAAGAUCUUCAUUGCAAAUUCUAUCAGUUGGAGAGACUAAUGCAGGAGCAGUUACCGGACCUGCACAACCAUUUUUGUGAUCUGAACCUGGAAGCUCAUAUGUAUGCAUCCCAGUGGUUUCUCACUCUUUUUACUGCCAAGUUCCCACUCUGCAUGGUCUUCCACAUCAUUGACUUACUGCUCUGUGAGGGUUUGAACAUAAUCUUUCAUGUAGCCUUGGCUCUCCUCAAGACCUCAAAGGAAGAUCUUCUGCAGGCUGAUUUUGAAGGUGCUUUAAAGUUCUUCAGAGUUCAGCUUCCGAAGAGAUACAGGGCAGAGGAAAAUGCAAGAAGAUUAAUGGAGCAGGCUUGCAAUAUUAAGGUACCAACUAAGAAGCUGAAGAAAUAUGAGAAAGAAUAUCAGACAAUGCGGGAGAGUCAGCUGCAGCAGGAAGACCCAAUGGAUAGAUACAAGAGGGAGAACCGGAGAUUACAGGAGGCCAGCAUGAGGUUGGAACAAGAGAAUGAUGACCUUGCCCAUGAACUAGUAACCAGCAAAAUUGCUCUGCGGAAUGACUUGGAUCAGGCAGAAGACAAGGCAGAUGUGUUGAAUAAGGAACUCCUCUUGACCAAGCAGAGGCUGGUGGAGACUGAAGAAGAGAAGAGGAAGCAAGAGGAAGAGACUGCUCAGCUGAAAGAAGUCUUCAGGAAACAGCUAGAGAAGGCCGAAUAUGAAAUAAAGAAGACUACAGCUAUCAUUGCUGAGUAUAAACAGAUCUGUUCCCAGCUAAGUACCAGACUGGAGAAACAGCAAGCAGCCAGCAAGGAGGAGCUGGAAGUGGUAAAGGGUAAAAUGAUGGCAUGUAAGCACUGCAGUGACAUUUUCAGCAAGGAGGGCGCUUUGAAACCAGCAGCCAUAAACACAGAGGAGCAGGGCGUUGAAUCAGAUGAUGAGAAGGACUCACUGAAGAAGCAGCUGAGGGAAAUGGAGCUGGAACUGGCACAAACCAAACUGCAGCUGGUGGAGGCCAAGUGCAAAAUCCAGGAACUUGAACAUCAGAGAGGAGCCCUUAUGAAUGAAAUCCAAGCUGCAAAAAACUCUUGGUUUAGCAAAACCCUGAACUCUAUCAAAACGGCCACGGGCACUCAGCCACUGCAGCUGCCACAGGCCACCCAGCCACCCAAGGAGAGCACAUAGUUCCAGCCUCACCCGAGCACAAGAGCACAAGGAUCAAAGCGCUGGGAAGCCCAGGAGGAUUCUUCCUGGUGGUCCCUUUGAAGGAAAGUAAAGGAGGCCAGAAAGCAAGCCAGAAUCUUUCAGUAGCUCUCUACUCUUUCUUCCAUGACACUUUUCAAAGGGACGUUAUUGAAACUGCUCUGAUGUAUGUUGAAUACCUGUUUUUGAGCUUCUUCAUGGAAGGCCAUGUUCAGAUCCAUCAUAGUAUUACACAUUAUUUUAUAUGCCUGAUGUUUAGUUGGAAAUAAGUAAUUCAGAACUAAAAGCUUUUUAUUCAGAAGUAAUUAUUCAUAAUUAUUUUUAUCCUACAUAAAAAUGGAGAUGUCUUUUAUUCCAAGGUUGAAAUGAUAGGAGGAUAUCUGUGACAGCAAAAAAAAAAAAAUUAAAAAGAUAGGAUUGAAUCCUAAACCUCUUAACUUUUCAGGAUUUAUUCAGAUGAAGCACACUGUGGGGCUGGUCUCAACCACUGUCAGGUUUCCUCCUGAACAUGGUUCCCUAGAUAGCGAUAACCUGUCCAAAGGAAAGAACAGACCUGGGAUUGAACAGGCCCCAAGAGAGUUGGUUCAUUUUCAUUUUGUGUUGGGUACUUCUGGAAAUGAAGUGCCAAGAACCAUGGAAUAAGAUAGGCUAUCGAGAAUAUACACUAGAUAAAAGAAACUGAGAUUCCGAUAAACACAGGAUAAAAUAAAUCAUUUUAGUCCUGGUAUUCUAACAGGUCCUUUUAAGAACUCCACACAGGAAUUGCCAGUUCCUCAGUAUGAACACAGUUGUGACUCCUGGCAAACAUAAAGUCAGAAGUGGAUAUUGCGAGUUGCAGCCUUAGGGAACUUUCACCAGAGAAGCCUAGAAAGGCCCAGGUUCAGCCAUUGUCUUAGAAUGGAAUCCAGAACCAGGGACAGUGUAUUUCAUUUAAUGUUGACAUAUACUUGCUAAAGAAACACUAAUAUCCUGUAACUUUGUUAAAGUUAUGAAAUGGGAAACAGACGUCAGCUUCACAUCAUCACAGUUUAAUGUUAGGCAACUUUUCCUGAUUUCUAUAGCUCCCUAAAAAUGUGCCCUUUGUACCCCUAGAUGAAGAGAUGCAAAUGCAUUUGUAACAUUUUUGAUUGAAUAUAAAACCUUUAUAGAAAUACUUAUCUCAUGGAAAGGUAAAGCUAUUGUUUAAAAGUUGAUGGAAAUAUUUUUUUCAAUUAUAUUUAACAUAUCUAUAUAAACAGUACUUGCAGAAAAUCCUUUGGUAAGGGCAAGACUGAUUUUCCCAUUUUCUAACCUAUUUUGGAGGCCUGUGGUCCUUUUAUGCCACCAAACUACUGUCAGCUAUGUACAAUAACAUUCGUUGAUACUCAUCCUUGGCUUCAUUGUGGAACAUAUUCUUUGCAAAGGAUCUUAAACUCUGUAGUGCCAGAGUGUUCUCAUCUGUGCCAUAUGUUGCAAUUAAAAGUGACACACUGUUGGAAGUAAAAAUCAAAUAAGAGCCAUCUCAGCUCCAGGAGCAUGCACUACAAGUUGCUCAUGGUGGAUCCUUUCCUCUAAAAUGAUUAAUAUUUCCUAAAAUGAGAAGUCCCCUUCAUCAGUGUUUACAUCAUCUAUAACCCAUAAAACUGAUAGGGUUGUUUGUUAUCCUUUGUUACACUCAUCAAAUAAUACUUUUCUUACAUAAUUCUUUAUUAUUUUUUUUUUUUUGUCCUGACAUCUUUCAUCAUAACAGUCAUUUCCUUUGACCAAAAAGGAAAAUAACCCAGCAUUCCAAGUGUCUAUGUUGACUUGAACAUUCCCUCCAUGGUAGUUUAGAAAAACUAAUCUUUUUUUUUUUCUGUAAAAUAUAAUCGCUAGAAAAUUGCAUCUUGGUACUUGUUUCUAGAAAUCAUUUAGUAUAAUUUGUUAGCUUUACUGGUACUUUAUGCUUUGAUUCCAAGAAGCCUUGUACAAGUUGCCUUAUCAAAUGGCCAGCUAAAUUAAAGAUGUUCUUUUGUGUUUUGUGAAUCUCA